GCACAAGAACGUUACCAAUCCAAGAUAACACUAACGACCGCCAGUAGUUGAAGUGAUUGCAUAGUAGCGUUGUCACGCUACGAAACGGCGCUACCUCUCUCUCUCUGAGUCCGCCAUGGCAACCAUCACAGACUUCUCUCUUCUCCGGUCAACACCGUCCCUCGUUCCCUCAUUCUCCAAACUCAACCCCAUAAUAACCAUACACAGACCUUUAAAACUCCGGUGCUCUAUCACAGAGCAGUCAACUACUAUUUCUUCUUCUAAGAUCGGCGGCGAAGCCCAAUCCAAUGGUGGACAUUCUUCCCCGGCGGACUGUGUGAUUAUAGGAGGUGGAAUUAGCGGUCUCUGCAUCGCUCAGGCUCUCGUCACCAAACACCGCGAUGUUGCUGCCAAUGUCAUUGUCACCGAGGCCAGAGAUCGAGUCGGUGGCAACAUUACCACCGUUGAAAGAGAUGGCUAUUUGUGGGAAGAGGGUCCCAAUAGUUUCCAGCCUUCCGAUCCUAUGCUAACCAUGGUGGUGGAUAGUGGAUUAAAGGAUGACCUAGUAUUGGGAGAUCCUAACGCGCCGCGUUUUGUUUUGUGGGAUGGGAAAUUGAGGCCGGUCCCAUCGAAGCCAACGGACCUGCCAUUCUUUGAUUUGAUGAGCAUUGGUGGGAAACUCAGAGCUGGCUUUGGUGCUCUUGGACUUCGACCUCCACCACCAGGACAUGAGGAGUCAGUUGAAGAGUUCGUCCGUCGUAACCUUGGCCCUGAAGUAUUUGAGCGUUUGAUAGAGCCAUUUUGUUCAGGUGUUUAUGCUGGUGAUCCUUCAAAACUAAGCAUGAAAGCAGCAUUUGGAAAAGUUUGGAACCUGGAGCAAAAUGGCAGUAGUAUCAUUGGUGGCACUUUCAAAACAAUCCAGGAGAGAAAUAAAAAACCCAAGCCUCCUCGAGACCCGCGUCUACCAAAGCCAAAGGGCCAAACAGUAGGAUCUUUUAGAAAGGGUCUUGCUAUGCUGCCUGAUGCAAUUGCAACAAGGUUGGGUAGCAAUGUUAAAUUAUCUUGGAAGCUUUCAAGUAUCACUAAAUUGGAUAACGGAGGGUAUAAUUUAACAUACGAAACACCUGAAGGAUUUGUUUCUCUGCAGAGCAAAAGUGUCGUUUUGACAGUUCCAUCCCAUAUUGCAAGCAGUCUCUUGCAUCCUCUUUCUGCUGCUGCUGCAGAAGCCCUGUCAAAUUUUUAUUACCCACCAGUUGCGGCAGUAUCCAUUUCAUACCCAAAAGAAGCAAUUCGGACAGAAUGCUUAAUAGAUGGUGAGCUUAAGGGUUUUGGUCAGUUGCAUCCACGCAGCCAAGGGGUGGAAACCUUAGGAACUAUAUACAGCUCAUCACUUUUUCCCAAUCGAGCACCAGAUGGAAGAAUUUUGCUCUUGAACUACAUUGGAGGGGCUACCAACCCAGGAAUUUUGUCUAAAACAGAGAAUGAACUUGUAGAAGCAGUUGACCGUGAUCUGAGAAAGAUGCUCAUAAAACCCAAUGCAAAGGAUCCGCUUGUACUAGGUGUGAGAGUGUGGCCUCAAGCCAUUCCACAGUUCUUGAUUGGUCAUUUGGAUAUCCUAGAUGCUGCAAAAGAUGCUCUGAGAGAUACAGGCUUGGAAGGGGUGUUUUUGGGGGGCAAUUAUGUUUCUGGAGUGGCUUUGGGCCGAUGCGUAGAAGGAGCUUAUGAAGUUGCAGGUGAGGUGACCAAUUUCCUCUCCCAGUAUGCUUAUAAAUAGUGUCAGAUUUUGGGUGAUUUCUUAUGGGAUUUUAUCCAAGGGUUCUAUCGGGCUGUGGCAAUAUGAAUAGUGUAGUUUCUCUGCGGCUGUUAUGUGAAGUUCUUGAGUAGCUUACUUUGCAGUUGAUUUAAUUCUAGUUUUAGGCCUAUGUUUAUGUAAUAAUCACUCUUGGGUAUUAUUUUCAAAUAGUAGUACUGUAAUUGUAA